AGGAAUCAGGAUGUAGACCAAAUAAAAAAGAAAUGGCACAAAGGAGCUGAAUGAAAAUAGGGCAGCAAAACUGAGUGCCGAUAAGUUCUGGCAGAGUCCUGCUACAUUUGGUCCAAAAACUACGUUCCACUGCCCAAGCUUAAGAACUUUUUGUUGGUCCGGUUCAGAAUGAAAUGAAUGGUCUGAGUAGUACGGGUAAAUAUGGAAACCAACCAACAACAGUUAGAUAAAUCUUAAAAGGAGAAGUUUGAAUGCAGAUUCACUCUUUAAUUUCACUUGAGGUGGUUGCAUUUUGCAUCAUCAUUCACAAAUUUCAACUAUUUUUCUCCCAAAUGAUUCACACCAACAGUUAAAAAAGAAACUCCCUUGAUUGAAGGGAGCACUUUUUGUCUUCUAAUCUCCUUUCAAGGCUAGGUAUCUAGUCAUUUAGCCUAGAACAAGAAAUAUCACCAAAGUCAAGAAUAAAAAGCAAAAAAUGAUAGAAGCGAGUGAGAAGUGCCGCUGGUCUAACAGUCAUCCAUAGCAUAUCGUCAAUGACAGACCAGGAGAACUUCCGGCCCAACAAAUCAUCCCUUUUUCACCCGUCUUGAUUAUGACCUCCUUCGCACACCACAAUAUUGGCGUUAGAUUGCAUUCCCCAAUUAUUUCACUUAGAUAAAACCAUCACCAUCAGAGUCAUUAACCUGCCACCAACGAAGAACCGUUUUAGUUAGUAAAGAAGGAAAGAUCCUUCUUGCAAACCAAUAUAAAUAUCACUCCAAAUCUGCAGAGACUUGAAAAAACAAACCUACCCCAACCAAACACAUUUCUAGUAUAACUUUUAGAGAGUUUCUUUGUCUCAUACUCAUAAUAUUCUCCAAAACAAACCCUUAUGGGAAACGUCCUUUUAGAAGCUUUGAACGUCCGAGUGGUUGGCUCCGGCGAAAAAAUCCUGGUGCUUGCUCAUGGGUUUGGCACGGACCAGUCGGCCUGGCAACGCAUUUUCCCACUUUUCACACCUUAUUAUCGUAUAAUUCUAUUCGACCUCGUUUGUGCUGGCAGUGUCAACCCUGAUUACUUCGAUUUUAGAAGAUACACUACGCUUGAUGCCUACGUUGAUGACUUGCUUAAUAUUCUUGAUGCUCUUGGCGUUAACCGUUGCGCUUACGUUGGUCACUCCUUCUCCGCCAUGGUUGGCAUCUUAGCUUCCAUUCGCCGCCCUGAACUCUUCUCCAAACUCAUUCUCAUCGGCGCUUCUCCUAGGUUUCUUAAUGACAAAGAUUACCACGGAGGGUUUGACCAAGGCGAAAUUGAGAAGGUUUUCUCAGCAAUGGAAGCUAAUUAUGAAGCCUGGGUCAACGGGUUCGCCCCACUAGCUGUGGGGGCUGAUGUGCCGACAGUGGUUCGAGAAUUCAGCCGAACCCUUUUCAACAUGAGGCCAGACAUAUCAUUAUUCGUUUGCAGGACCGUAUUCAACAGUGAUCUGAGAGGGAUACUUGGCCUAGUCAGAGUACCCUGUUGCAUAGUCCAGACAGCCAAGGAUGUCUCGGUUCCAGCUUCGGUCGCCGAAUAUUUAAGGAACCAUUUAGGGGGACGAACCACGAUCGAGAUUUUGAGGACGGAAGGCCAUUUGCCGCAUUUGAGCGCACCAGCGUUACUGGCUCCAGUGCUCAGGCGAGCCCUUUCACGGUAAGUUUUAGACUUAGGUAGGGGUGGGUCCAGGAAGAAAUGUAAUAAGUGAAGGGGAUGCCGACACCUGACCAAUAAUUUGUGAACCAUACGAUCCUUGGACUAAUUAAGAUAAUAUCUAUUUCUUUUUUUUUCUAAAGAGAUAAGAACACCCACGUGAUAGUCACGUGGUGACGUAUAUUCUUUUUGUUUGUUUCUUUUCUUGUUUUUCCUUUUGACUUUAUUAGUAUUUUUUUUUUAACUAUUUGGUAGUUUUUAAAGUUCUUUUGCUCUCUAUUUUCAUUUGUCUUGACAUGAAAACGUUUAUAGUGCCGUUGCCUUUCGG